GUGCCUAUUCCUUGUCUGUGAGAGACAGCAAUUCCGCUCAUGGGGACAUCAUCAAGCACUACAGGAUCCGCUCCUUAGAUGGUGGGGGGUAUUACAUCUCCCCCAGGAUGACUUUCUCCAAUCUGCCAGAGCUAAUCCAUCAUUACAGCCAGAAGGGGGAUGGCCUGUGCCAGCGGCUCACAGCUCCCUGCAUAGCCCUGGCUCCCCAGAGGCCCUGGGCACAGGACGAAUGGGAGAUCCCACGGGAGUCUCUGAAACUUGUAAAGAAACUUGGCAGUGGGCAGUUUGGGGAAGUGUGGAUGGGCUACUACAAGAACAACAUCAAGGUGGCUGUGAAGACCAUGAAAGAGGGCAGCAUGGAUCCUGAUGCCUUCUUGGCAGAGGCAAACUUGAUGAAGAGGCUCCAGCAUAACAAACUGGUCCGGCUGUAUGCAGUGGUCACAAAGCAGCCUAUCUACAUUGUGACAGAGUACAUGGCCAAUGGGUGUUUGCUGGAUUACCUGAAGACAGAAGAAGGAAGCCAACUGAAUCUCCCAAAACUCAUUGACAUGUCUGCUCAGGUGGCCGAGGGAAUGGCGUACAUCGAGCGAAUGAACUCCAUCCACCGCGACUUGAGAGCCGCCAACAUCCUCGUCUCAGAGACGCUCUGCUGCAAAAUUGCUGAUUUUGGCCUGGCCAGGAUCAUCGAGAACGAAUACUUGGCACAAGAAGGUGCCAAAUUCCCAAUCAAAUGGACAGCGCCGGAGGCCAUUAACUUUGGAGUUUUCACCAUCAAAUCUGACGUGUGGUCUUUCGGGAUCCUCCUGACAGAAAUCGUAACCUACGGCAGGAUCCCUUACCCAGGGAUGACCAACCCCGAGGUGAUUCGCAACCUGGAGCGGGGCUACCGCAUGCCUUGCCCAGACAUGUGCCCUGGUGAACUCUACAACAUCAUCCUGAAAUGCUGGCGAAACAAGCCCGAGGAGCGCCCGACCUUCGAGUACCUGCAGUCGGUCCUUGAGGACUUCUACACUGCCACGGAGAAGCAGUACGAGCCAGAGCCUCAGCAGUAAGCCAUGGUCCCACCAGUGCCUGGGGACAGGUCUAGAGCAAAGCCAUGGUCCUGCACAGCCUGGUGAUG